AUGGAAUCAGCCGCAACAAUUCAAUGUACAUCCCAACAAACUCGAUUUCAUAUCGAGUCUCCCAACUACCGCGAGCUCGACAUAAAAGGACUACAAAUUCUCGUUACAUCAGGGGAGAAGAAGUCCACCACAAAGGGGAAAUCCAAAGCGAGAUCUAAAGACGGUAUCGAGAUUUUAUCCAGCGCGGACCUGUCAUUAAAAGAAGGUCGGCGAUAUGCUCUUGUCGGUCGAAAUGGGACCGGAAAGUCGACUCUGCUGAGAAGUAUAGCAGAGAAGCUCAUUCCUGGAAUACCAGAGAACACAAGGAUUGCGAUACUUCAGCAAACCAGACUGACGGAUGGGGUCAAUGAUCCCAAGCAGGCGGGUAGGGAUGAUACAGGUCUUAAUGUCCUACAGACUGUGAUAGAGAGGGCCACGUCGAGGAGUACUAUCGAACAAGAGAUAUCGAGGAAUUGA